AUGGCUGACAGUGGAGAACAACCGAACCCCCCCGAUCGAACUGCAACUUCUCCAAGCGCGACGAAACUGACGGAAUUCUUCGAUUGUUUAGCAGCACGCCAUCCAAAUCUCAAUUUGACACCUGAGGAGAAACGGGUGUUUUACCAGCUCUUUCAGGCCGCUGAUACCACCAACCUCGGCGUCAUCACCGGCGAGAUUGCCGUUCCUUUCUUCGAGAAAACCAAGCUUGCACCGGAGACACUCGGAUUGAUAUGGCAGAUCGCGGAUAAGGAGAACAGGGGGCUCUUGACUCCGUCUGGCUUCGGUGUCGUAUUACGUCUUAUCGGACACGCCCAGGCUGGUCGCGCGCCUACAGAGGAGCUGGCCCUGCAACCUGGGCCGCUACCUAGGUUUGAGGGCGUCGUCGUUGAGCCUACAUCUCCCACCUCUCGCGACGCUGGUGCGACUAGCCCACCGCCAGCUGGUGGGCCAAUUCGAGUCCCUCCGCUCAACCCGGAAGAUGUCAAUAAAUUCACAGCGCUAUUUGAGAAGUCUGAUGUGUCGAGGAGCGGGGUUAUCCCAGGCGACAUCGCCAAGCAGAUCUUUGAACGCGCACGGUUACCGAACGAGAUCCUUGGCCGCAUUUGGAACCUAGCAGACACAAAGCAACGAGGCGCCCUCGAUGCCACAGAAUUCAUCAUCGCUAUGCACCUUUUGGCCUCCUACAAGUCGGGCGCCAUGAGGGGUAUCCCUCUGACCUUACCUCCUGGCUUGUAUGAGGCGGCAGCGAGAAGGGGCCCGGUGCGGACCUCCGUGGGGGCCCGACCUGGCCUCGACGUUCCUCCGGUGCCUGCCAUUCCGCGACAAUUCACCGGACCUCAGCGGACUCAAAGCCCUUUGAAUAGGUCCCAGUUUGGAACACCGCUCACUGCCCAGUCAACGGGCGGAGAUUGGCUUAUCACUCCAGCAGAGAAGGCGCAAUUCGAUACCAUAUUUGGGACGAUCGAUACUGCGAAGUUGGGCGUCAUCACUGGUGACCAGGCUGUAGGAUUCUUCAUGAAAGCUCAAUUGCCUGAAGAAGUCCUAGCUCAGAUUUGGGAUCUCGCGGAUAUUGACGCUGACGGGCAAUUGACAAAGGACGAAUUUGCGGUUGCAAUGUAUCUGGUCCGUUCACAGCGUACAGGAAAGGAGCCCUUGCCGCAGACGCUUCCUCCCGCUUUGAUUCCUCCUAGUAUGCGGCGGCCUGGCACGGCGCAGGCAGUGCCGGCCCCAGUCGCAGCUCCUGCCGCGCCGCCGCCUUUAAGUGUCCGAUCUGCUGCGGAUGAUCUCUUCGGUCUUGAUGCAUUUUCUGCGCCGCCCGCAUCUGCAGCUCCUUCACAGCUACCCCAGUCUACAGGAGGCUCCAACACGCCGUUCCAAACGCCGGGUUCACCAACCUCCAGAGCGUCGCCUCCAGUCAAUUCGACGACUUUCAAGCCUUUCAUUCCGACUUCCUCAUUUGGCCAGAGUCUCCAGCCUCAGAUAACUGGCGCUUCAGCCGGUGCCCCACCAACUGUCCGUUCACCACCGCCUCCAUCGGAUGACCUUCUAGGUGAUAACGACCCUGAAGAGUCCAAUAAACUCACACAAGAAACGGCCGAGCUGGCAAACCUGUCCAACCAGAUUGGCUCGCUCGCCAAGGAGAUGCAAAACGUUCAGACGAAGCGCACUUCAGCGGAGCACGAGCUGUCUCAGACAUCUCAGCAAAAGCGUGACUUUGAGACUCGGUUAGCGCAAGCCAGAGCGAUGUACGAGCAAGAGGUCAAGAGCUUCAAAGCUCUUGAGGAGCGACUGAAUGCCUCCAAGGCGGAGACCAAGAGGCUGCAACAAGAAUAUGCGUUGAUCGAGGGCAGCAGGCAAGAUUUGCAGACUCAAUAUGACCAAGUCGCUGCUGCUUUGACCGCCGACCAGCAGGAAAAUGCGAGCUUGAAAGAGAAAAUCCGCCACGCUAAUGCGGCUGUCGCCCAGCUUAAGCCUGCCCUCGAGAAAGCGCGCUCUGACGCUCGGCAGCAAAAGGGCCUCGUCGCCAUCAAUAAGAAGCAAUUAGCUACGGUGGAAGGUGAACGCGACAGGAUCCAGGAGGAGAUGGAUACACUCUCGAAGGAACAACCUCAAGGAUCCGACGAAAGCGCGGCAUCUGCAAGCGCUGGCCCCGCACUCGCCAGCCCUGCUCUGUCCACAGCCAGUCAAAACAACAACCCGUUCUUCAGACGGACUACUACGGCAUCCAGCGACGGCCAGGCAGUGGCCCCCCAGGUUUCGAGCGAACAGCAGCGUGCUUUUGACAGCCUCUUUGGCACUGCCUUUGCUCCUCCAACCACUGCUACACCCCCACCUCCCACUUCAUUCCGCGCCGACUCUCGGCAGGCUUCACUCCACUCUCCUGUUACAUCCGGGGUACCGACCCCCUCCGUAUCACCGCCACCUUCCGUUGGACCCGUACCUGAACCACCGCAGUCUCGGCAGUUCACCCCUAACGUUCUCCCCUUGGCCGAGACACAGUCUAUGACCUCAUCUACUAAGCCAUCUCCACCAGCCAGCAGAUUCGGUGGUCCUGAGUCGUCAACUGUAGGGACUCCAGCCCCAGCAGGUGCCACCGAAAACCCCUCUACAUCUACAGAACAGGGGGAAGUACGGUCUCCCUUCGAGGAGUUUGAAGAGUUGAAGCGCUUCCCCGAAGUUCCAGUCGCCGCGGGAAAAGAGGUAACAGCAGAUAUUUCGCCUACCACCAACGAGAACCAGACGGCAGCAAAGGACCCCAGCUUCGAUGAGCUGUUUGGCGGUCCAGCACAUCAGCGGUCACAGUCUCAGAACGCGAAUGAUUUCGAAGAAGCUUUUGCUGCUAUGAAGCAGGGUGCUGAGGCACCCAAGCCUAAUGGUACAGCUCCUGCCGCGUUCUCCGAGUUCCCGCCGAUACGUGAGCUCGAUGAUGAUGAUGAUGAUGACGACGACGACGACGACAGCUCCGCUAGCGAGGCACCCUUGGGUUUUGACGACAAUUUCACGCCGGCUGUUCCACCCCAAGAGCAGCAGACGUCUAAGACUGACUCGAUUGAGCCGUCUCAAUUGGCGGCGUUUCCUGCGCCAGGGUCUGUAACUCCGACUAGUCAACCUCCUCCCGCCGAGGCCCAGAAAAGCCCACCAAAAUAUGAUGAGAGCGCAGAGAAGGAAGCGUCUGGCGGUAUGCCACCUGAAUUCAACGGCCUUUUGCCAAACCGCGAAGACCCCACAGUCGCUCCGGAUGCCCCUCAUUCAGUAGAAGCAGGCACUGGUGCCCCGAUUGUUGGUGGGGAGCCUCAGCGGAAUGUUCCCGUCGCUGCACCUGCUUCGGCCGGUACCAAGCCUAGUGCUCCCGAUUUUGACGCUGCUUUUGCUGGAAUGGAUCUUGCCCCCGCGAAAGAAGCGGAAGACGAUGAUGAUGACGACGACUUUGAGCCGUCUGACAAUAAAAACACUGCAGAUUUCGACUUCUCUUUUGACGCGCCCUCACAGCAGAAGAUGGCAGUACCCAGUGGCAGCCCUGGGCAUGCCAACCACUCUGAUUUCUUCAACUUUGAUCAGCAGGUGAACGCCUUAGGUCAUAAUACCACCGUAUCACCUGCAGCUUCCAACUCGCAACCGGCAACGCACGACUGGGAGACCCUCUUUGCGCCUCUGGACAAUACUCAAGGCGCCCCCACCGGUACCAAUGGGGCAUCGCAACCGGCAGCGUCCGGGGAUAGCAAACCGCCCGGAUGGGCCCUUCAGACAGAUUCUGUGGAAGAUGACCAGAUCCUACAACGGCUUACGGGCAUGGGCUUUCCCCGCGAUGAAUCGCUCGCUGCAUUAGAGAAGUUCGACUACAACAUUGACAAGGCGGUGGAUUUCUUGACCUCCAAGUCUUAA